AUGGCCGCCGCCUUCCAGCUCCCCCCCGCGCCGCGCGAGAUGGCCGUCUUCGACAACCUCAUAGCGCGCCAGACCGAGACGCUGAUCCUGCGCGAAAAGGUCAUGUCCCUGACGGGCGACAGCUUCGAGAUCAAGCUGGCUAGCGGCCAGCCCAUCCUCAAGGUCCAGGGCAAGGUCAUGUCCAUCUCGGGCCGCAAGUCCAUCUUCGACAUGGCCGGCACCCACCUGUUUGACAUUGUCAAGGAGCACCUGCACAUCCACACCACCUUUGCCAUCGAGACGCCCACGGGCCAGAAGAUUAUGGAGGUCAAGAGUGGCUUCAAGCUGCUUGGGUCCAAGGCCACCGCCACCUUCACCUCGUCCAAGGGAACAGCCGAGACUCUCACCAUGAAGGGCAACUGGGUCGACUACUCGGCCGAGAUCCACGACCAGGCCAGCAACGCCCUGGUUGCGCGCAUCGACCGCAAGGUCCUGAGCGGCCGCGACCUCCUGUUCGGCCAGCAGACGUACGCGCUGACGGUUGCGCCCAACAUGGACAUGGCCCUCAUGGCCGCGCUGUGCAUCUGCAUGGACGAGAAGAACAACGAGAAGUAA